UUGCAUGGCCAUACCGGCUCGGUGUACUCUAUCGCGGUCUCCGCUGAUGGUUCAAGGAUUGCCUCAGGUUCCGCGGACCAGACAAUACGGAUCUGGAGCUCAUAUACAGGCGAAACCACAGUCGGGCCACUCGUCGGCCACACGGAUCAGAUAAACUCCAUUGCAUUCUCCCCCCAUGGAAGACUUCUAGCCUCGGGCUCGGACGACCAUUCCGUUCGGAUAUGGGACAUGGAGACGGGGCUGCAAGUAGGGCUGCCGUUGCUCGGACACCUGAAUUCGGUGCGGUCCGUGGCGUUCUCCCACAACGACGAGCGAAUAGUGUCGGGCUCCCUUGACGGCACAGUCAGAGGUUGGAACGUGAUUACAGGACAGUCCAUCAGCAAAUGCUCCAUCGGCUGCGGGGUACUCUCCGUCGCGUUCGCCCCCGACGGCAAGUACAUCAUCUCUGGAUCGGGGGAUAGGAAGGUCCGCAUACUAGACGCGGAGACGCUCGGGAUCGUCCGAGAGCCGCUGGAAGGUCACGAUAGCUGGGUAUGGGCAGUUGCAUACUCACCCGAUGGCAAACGCAUCGUCUCGGGUUCAGGCGACCAAACCAUUCGAGUCUGGGACGCGGAGACGGGUGAGACGGUUUUGGGGCCCUUGAGAGGGCACGCCGCUACGGUGUACUCUGUAGCAUUCUCGCCGGAUGCCACCGGGAGCCGCAUCGUCUCUGGCUCGCAGGAUGGUACUAUCCGGAUAUGGGAUGCGCAUACGGGAACGACCGUG